AUGCAGCCCCGGAGUAAUAAUCCAUUGAAGCGACUACCGACAUGGGUGUCUCUGUCGCUAGGUAUCUUUCUCGGGCUCCUGGUCGCUCGAUUCUUCACUUCUGGCUCAUCAAUCACAACAUGGCGAGGAGGUCAUGCGCCAACGUAUCAGUCUACACGUAUCUCCUCUCGCCAGGCCGUCGCCCUGCCCACACUCGAGCAGCGCCGACGGGUGUUUGAGCUCCUGACCACCCUAUCUCCCCAUUACACGAAAGAGUGCACUCGCAAUGCCCAACCCAUGUACAAGGAACAGGCAGAAGAACGAUAUGCUUCCCUCAUUGGCCACGAGUCUCCAUCCCGUUCUUCCUGGCUCGACACUCUGGGGCUUGGUUCCACUAACGGCGACUUUGUUCCGCGCGGACUCGCCCCGGACACGCACAAAUACUUCUUCGCCAUCAACCUCUACAACUCUUUUGACGUCCUUCCCGACCUCUUUGCGACACUCUUCCGUGUAGCCGCCAUCCUGGGGUACCACAAUGUGUACGUGUCAAUCUACGAGAACGGGUCGACGGACCAAACCAAAGCGCUCCUCCGCAUCUUCGACGCGCUAUGCCGCUCGUCCGGCAUGCGCGUCACCAUUCGCACGUCUAUGCGCACGCGCGGCGCGUUCAACCACCGCAUCGAAUACCUAGCAGAGGUGCGCAACGCAGCAUUCGUGCCACUGCACGAGUUACGGGACACAGAGAACGAGUAUUUCGACACGAUCAUCUUCAUGAACGACAUCCUGCCCUGCGUGGACGACCUGCUCGAGCUGAUCUGGCAGAGCCGGCACAACAACGCAGGAAUCACCUGCGCGGCAGAUUAUAUGUUUCACGAGGACCUCAACGCCCCCGUGUUCUACGACAACUGGGUCGCGCGCGACAUCAACGGGACCGCGCUCGAGAACGCGCCGUUCGAGUCCAUAUUCCACCACGGCGCGUCGCAGCACCGGUUCAUGCACCACCUCCCCAUCCAGGUGCAGUCCUGCUGGAACGGUAUCGCGAUCCUCGACCCCGCACCGUUCUACACGCCUCCGCACGUGCGCUUCCGCAUGGCGCGCAUCGUCGACGGCGAGUGCUCCGCGAGCGAGUGUUCCCUCAUCUGCAACGACUACUGGGAGGCUGGCUACGGGCGCAUACUCAUGGUACCCCGCGUCAAGCUCGCUUACGAUCGGAGAGUAUACGAUGUCAUUCACCCACCCAGGAGAAACCUGACCGCGAUCCGCGGGUACGUUCGCCUCGGCGGGCUCCCCGACAACCCGCGCACGGACCCGCAGGACCGGGCAUGGUACGGUCCUCACGACCGCCUCUUCACCGAGGAGGAAGCCAUACCCGUCGAUUUCAUUCCCGGGCCCGAUUUCGUGUGGUGCUGGGGCUGGGACGGCGCGGGCGAUCUCGACGGCCCGGAUGUGGACCCCAUCUGGGAACGGAUGUCGAACAAGUCGAUACGGCCGGACGCGGUGAAGGUGCGGCACGACCGCCGGCUCAGUAUGCCAUAG